AUGGUGAAGAUCAAGGAUCCCAAUUACUUGAAACUUCUUAAAGUGUUCGAUGAGCUCCAAAAAAUUAUUGAUGGAAUCGACAGCAGAAGGAGGAGGUGGUCCGAGCUCCCGACUGACCUUGUAGAAUUGAUCUUGAAAAAGCUUAUACCUUCUGAAUUCGACCUCCUUGGCUUUAGAGACAUCCUUCGCUCUAAACUCGUUUGUCAUUCUUGGAGAAGUGUUGCAAAAUCUUGUAGCUCUUACGCUCCUUUGUGUCAAACCCCAUGGCUUCUGCUCCAUCAGAAUAACAGAUCCUCCCUUUUUGAUCCUGCAGAAAAAAAGGUUUACAAAAUCAGGAAUGUCUAUCAGGAUUUUCCUUGUGCCAGGUGUGUGGGUUCAUCACAUGGGUGGAUGAUCAUAUUCUACGAAGACGUACAUUCCCAAGAGUCAAUGGCACAUCUUUUUAAUCCAAUUUCAAGAAGUAGAAUGCUACUUCCAAGCAUUCAGACUCUUCAAAGUUACCGUAUUUCUAAAGGUAUUAUUUCCUCCAAUCCAUUUACCAACAAAAACUUUUUUGUGGUAGUGGCAUGUCAUGGAGGACUUGCGUUCUGUAAACAUGAAGACAAAUCAUGGACUAAGUUCAAUGAUGCUCUUAGCUAUCUCUAUGACGAUAUUAUGUUUUACAAUGACAAGCUAUUUGCAUUGGCUAUGGAGUCACUUGAGGUCUGGGACUGUAGUGGAUCCUCUCCUAUAAAGACCGUGCAUCUUCAAGACUCUCUUGCUCACAUAUCAGUUGAUCAUACCUAUUUGGUGGAGUCAUUGGGCGAGAUCUUACGUGUGGGAAAAGGUGGACGACGUAAUACUUCACACUUUUUGGUGGAAAAGUUAAAUUUGACCUAUGGGAAGUGGGAGAAAGUGCAAAAUUUAGGUGAUCAAAUUCUAUUUUUGUUUCAUAAUCAGUUACUGUCACUACCUAACCAGUGUUUCCUAGGAUGUGAAGAAAACUCAAUCUACUUCGGAAUGAGUGAUUGUGUCACACAUUGUGGUCAAGAAAUUGGAAUAUACAACCUUCAAUACAACAUGGUUCGUAGGAUAGAAUCCAUAUGUAUCCUAAUUGGCGAACAUCUCGAAGAACUAAAGCAUUGUUAUAAUGCACAACCUGUUUGGAUGGUUCCUAAUCCAUGGUGA